ACACGCCCGCAUAAAAUGAGUCACCCUCCGCCAGUUUCCUGUAUUCCAAACACAGCCAAAAUGUCGAAAGCUAAAAAAGUUAUAGAAGAAGCGAAAGAAAUAAACAAUCCCGAAAUAGAUUUGGUCGAUAAAGGGAUUUCCAACCUUGAUGAAAUACCUGGACUCUUCAGUCUGGAAAACAUAACGCGACUUACCCUCAGCCAUAACAAGCUGUCAACAGUCCCGGCAGGCCUUGCAAAUCUCAUUAACUUAGAAAUACUCAAUCUUGCCAACAACCACAUAGAAGAACUACCAGUCAGCCUUUCUUCUUUGCCAAAGCUUCGCAUACUAAAUGUGUCUCUUAAUAGACUGUAUACUUUGCCACGCGGCUUUGGGGCCUUCCCUGUGUUGGAAAUUUUGGACCUGACAUACAAUAAUUUGAAAGAGGAGACACUGCCAGGGAAUUUCUAUAUGAUGGAGAGUCUAAGAGCGUUGUACCUUGGAGACAAUGACUUUGAAUUCCUACCACCAGAGAUUGGAAACCUGAAGAAUUUACAAAUUCUGUCAAUGAGGGAGAAUGAUCUGAUAGAGGUGCCUCGUGAGCUGGGCCAGCUAGCCCGACUGAGGGAGUUACAUCUGCAGGGCAACAGACUUGUUGUCUUGCCACCUGAGAUUGGCUCGCUGGACCUGGCCAGCAACAAGUCAGUACUGCGGCUGGAGGGCAACUUCUGGGUGCCCCACAUCGAGGACCAGAUCAAGCUGGGGCCCUCGCAUGUGCUUGACUACCUCCGCUCUGAGACUUACAGAGUGUUGUACAGCCGCCACAUGUCGGCGAAACCGCCUCCUCCGCCGCAGACCCUUGACAAGAGUAAGAAGGCAAGCCGCGCGAGGUCGUAACGACGCGACCACCCCAUAAGCCCCAAACCUAACAAUGAUCGAGUCCAUCAAUAUAUUUGCGUUGUAUUAACAUACAUAAAAACUUCAAGCAGACCGGAGGGUCCGUGAAGAAGAGCGGUGGCAUUUAAGAAAACAAAAUGCAAUGGCGUCGGAAUAUAAAAUGAUUUCAUAAUGUAUGAAAAAUAAGCACUCGUAUAUCCCAAAAUUGGAAUCGAUACGCACGAAAUUAUUUGUGAUUAACAUCGACGCUAACGCCGAUGAAAUUAUGAUUUUUAAUUCGUUUUCAUCGUAAUAAACUGAACCAUUUGUGACGUAUAAAAUUUUUUGUUUAAACAUUGUUUGAAGGUGUGUCAAAAUGUAUGUCACAAAAAGCAUUUCCUGACCUUGAAGUGCCAUAUAAACAAAUAUAUAGAGCUUAUAUUGACUAAAAAUUUAUUUAAUGAUUAAACGUAGUUGUGCUUAAUUUAUUAACAUUUUUUUAAAAUUAUUAAUUGAUUGUGAAAAUGUGUAUUUAACUGUGUUUUGUAUGGUUGGUUAUAAAAAGGAAACUCUAUUAAAGUUAUAAAAAUCUUUAUUUUUUUUCAUCUUAGAAUUUAUGUGAACACAAACAUUAUUACGAAAUAAAUUACAUUAUAUUAUAUAUUACAGUAAUUAUAACACGCAAUUGUUUCAAUAUUAUUAUAACUAUGGUGCUAACGCAGAAUAACUCAUCUUUAUUGUCAUGUGUUCAUUUUCUAUUACAAUAGUAAAGUAAGGAUAAUAAAUAUAAUAAAAAAGUAUUACUAA